AACAACAAACCAGCGCGCUUGAUUCAGUUGUCAGCUGUUCACGCGAAAGUACGGGUCCUCGUUGCAUAGAAAAGCGCUCGGAACGAUGGGAGAAAGUAACGACCAAGUGAAGCAUGGCAACUACCACAAUUAUUACAAAUUUCGUGCAGAAGACAGCAUCCGUGCCGACAUCUUGCAGCAACAUUUAGCAGCCCUGUGGCGCAGUUGUGAGCCGCCCGCCGGACCAAUCCACCUGCUGGAUGUGGGCUGUAAUUCCGGCCAGUUCACGGCAAAGGUGCGUCAAAUCCUGCAGCAGGUGGGCAAAGGAACGCCGGCUGUGUGUGCCGUUGGGUUGGAUAUCGAUCAGGAGCUGUGCGAUCGGGGCAGUGCCGAGUUCCCCGAUAUUGAGUUCAUCAGUGGAAACUUGCUGGAAAUAAGCAACCGGGAAGAGGUGAAGCCUAUGGACGAUCCGAUUGAGCGGUGCAUGAAGGCUCGGAACAUUGACCAGUUCGACGUUAUCUGCUGCUUCUCCGUGCUCAUGUACGUGCAUCUGAAUGGUGGAGACGCUGGACUGCGCCGUGUGCUGGAUUAUCUGUGCAGCAAGGGGAAAUUUCUCAUUAUUGAGCUGCAAUCCUGGCAAAAGUACCGCGACCAGGUACGUCGACUGAAGCGAGACGCCGGCGAGACUUACCCACUGUACACGGGCCUCCAGUGGCGGGGCAAUGGGGGAGCGCUGGAGGGCUGCAUCAAAUCGUACGUCCAAUCGAACGGUAUGGAACUGGUGGCAGAAAGUGCGGAAAAAACUGAGUUCGAUAGGCAGUUGAUAUUUUUUAAGAAUAAAAGAACCAUUUAAAAACAUUA